GCCGCCCCCUCCCACCUAGGUUCCACCAGAGAGGAAAGGGGAUCGGGGGUCAGUUAUGCGCCGCCGCCUCCUGCCGUGCGCCCAUCUCCCCCCUCUCGCCGCCGCAAUCGCCGUCGGAUGCCUCGAAUGAGGAUCCAGUGCUGCUUGCGAGUAGGCGACCAAAUAAGCAGCUCCCCCUUUGGGAGCCGCAGUCCCCAAUCGAAGCAGCAAGAGCAGCAGCUUUUUUGGGAGCGGCGAUCCGCAAUCAAGCGGCCCUUCUCCGAGCUGCAACCGGCAAUCCAAGCAAUCAAGCGGCUCCUCUCUGAGCCGCAGUCGGAAAUCGAAGCGGUUCCCCUUUUGAGUGGCUAAUCCGGAAUCAAAGCAGUCCUUUCCGGAUUACAAUCAGAAACAGGCCCUCUUUCGAAUUCAGUCUCCGAGUUUCCGUUGGUGGCGGCAACCCGGCAGCUGUAUAUAUAUAUAUAUAUAUAUAUCUGGCCGGGAGGCACUGCGUCGCCCGUCAAUCUUCGGAGAAGACGCGCAGCAGCAACUCCCUAGACAUCAGUUUUCAGACUGACCGGCGGCAACUCAGGCGAUGGCGAGGACUAGUCGCCGGCGAGAGGCUGCCAAAUUGAUGGCCAAACCAUCGGUUAAGGCGGAAUCCUCCCUCGACAAGCUGAAAUGUAAGGAAGAUGAUAGGAUCAGCAAGUUGCCCAAUGACAUACUGGUCAACAUUCUUGACCGUCUCAAUUUCCGUGAUGUUACAAGAACCAGUGUCCUCUCCAGACGUUGGAGUCAGCUUCCUGCCAAUCUCUCACGGCUUAAAAUAAGUGCUCGCGAUUUUCUGUCCCCACAAGCUAGCAUACCUGAUGAUGAAUUGGAUGAAAAAUUGCUUCGGAUCAAUGCAUUGCUUAGGAUCAAUGCAGUCAAUGCAGCCAAUGCAGCUGUGGUCAAAGCGACAGAGAGCACGCUGGCACACAGAGAUCCAGGUGGAUGCACCAUCCGCCUCUUGAGCACGACGUUCUACUUGAGAGGUGAUACCCCAAUAUCUGUUGGGCAUACUGUUGGCAAUGCCAUGGCGACACUCAAGGUCGAGAAAGCCGAAUUCACAGUUUUGACACAGCAGAAAGGACGCCAGUGUAGUAUUGAUGAGAUGGUGAAGUUUGGGACACGGUUUGUGUCAUUUUUUAAUGAAUGCCACAAUGCAUUUGCUGGUCUCACACGCCUCUACCUGGAGAAUUUGAGAUUCCGUGAAUCCAACUUUGUCUCUAACAUCCUUGUCACUUGCAAGCAAUUAAAUUAUUUAGGUUUUUUCAAUUGUGACACAGAGGAUUGGAUAACGCUCCAAGUUGAACACGCACAGCUCAGUGAGCUUAGUAUUGUUGAUUGCUGUUUUGACAUGGUCGAGCUCACCUGGGUUCCGAAACUCACCUGGCUGGCGUUUUUGUUAUGGUUAUAUCAUGCAGAACUACCACUGUCACUGGGCUAUGUCCCAUUGCUCAGGGUUCUGAGACUUUCAAAUGCUGCUCAUAGUUUCCACAAAAACGUCAAGCUGAGUACGUUUCUUCAUGAGACCUCUGUUCGAGACCUGACGUUGGGGUUUAAAUGUGAAAAGGUUUGGGUUCAACCAGAGUGUUUGACCAGAAGACAGGCAUAUGUGUUCCAGCAACUAAGGAUUCUCAAUCUAGUUAAAAUUCCUGAAGGGUAUGAUCUCACCUGGACAAUGUUCUUCUUGGAAGCGGCGCCGUCCCUGGAGGAGCUCUACAUGAUGGUAUGGGACCAUCCAUGUGAAAUGAAAAUGGAUCAGGAGAUUAGCGAGAACAAGGGCGUUGAGUGGGAAUCACCUACAUCAAAUUUCAAGCACCACUGUCUGGCCAAGUUCAUCCUCGUCGGCUUUCAAGCUAAAGACUACAUGGUGGCUCAUGUCAGGCGUGUCCUGAAAGCAGCGGUGAAUCUACAGGAUGUGUACCUGUAUGAUAGUCUGGCAUGUGCCAAGUGUCACAAGAAGGUAGAGAAUGCGCGCAAGUCUGAUGCAGUGGUACGUGGUAUGUGCCCGGGCGUGAAUCUGCCGAUAAAGUUCCCUUGUACAAAUGAGGACCAGCGUUCAGUGCAGAAGCGAAUGCCCCGGGGCAUUGGGUCACUUGCCAAAAUCCACUUCGUGACAUCUAAGGAAAUGAGGGCUGAACAUCGUCGAAGGAUGGGUGUCAUGGGAGCUAACUGGAUGUUGUCGAGGCUAGGGCAGCGUAUUUAAUUAAUACCAGUCGGUUGGAGUUGCGAGCUUUUCUUGGUUGCUCUUCUUUUGUGGUUGCAACGCUUGUAUAAACUAAAUUCAGUUGAAGUAAUUUGUAGCACUAUUGUCCGUGAAUUCAAGAAGUCGAUACAACCAGUUAAAAUUUGAGACCAAGUGUUUAGAGUUA